AUGUCAAUCCAAUCGCACCCCAAGCUCGCCAACCUAGACCUCAUCCAAACGACAUUCAAAAAAGUCGGAGAUCACGAAAUCCGAACAGACAUCCUCAUCCCACAGACACCAUUCGACGGCCAAAGACCCGUUAUCCUCCACUUCCACGGCGGUGGCCUGGUAAUGGGCGACUCUCUCUUCAUGGACUUCUGGCCGUGGUGGCUCUCAGACCUAGCCCUACAAGAGAACGCCAUAAUCAUCAGCCCCAACUACCGCCUCCUACCCAGCUGCACAAGCAGCGAAAUAAGCAGCGACAUAGAAGAUUUCUGGAAAUGGGUGAACAGCGCGUCCCUGCCGACCCUCCUCUCCGCACACACGACCCCGACGACAGCGGACCUCUCACGCGUAUUGGUCUUUGGCGAGUCGGCAGGUGGCCUGAUCAGUUUGAAUCUUGCGCUGGCGCACGCGGACGAGAUCCGCGCUUGUGCGGCGGCGUAUCCGAUGGUUGAUCCGUGUUCGGAAGCGUUUGUUCAGCCGAGGGCGGAGGGGCCGUUUGGGACUAUGAUUCCUGUGGGCCGGGUGGAGGAGAUGUUGGAUGGGUUUAUUGCUGGGGCUGUGGAGUCGUCUGUUGUUGAUCAUGGGAGGUUGGAGUUUAUGCUGGGGGCUGCUACGCAUGGGGUUCUUGGAAGGCUUUAUGAGAGGGGAGUGGAGGGGUUGGAGAGGGAGGUGAGGUUCCCUGGUGUUAGGAUUGAGAGGGUGGGGACGAGACUGCCUUCUGGUGGUAUUGCUAUUAUUCAUGGGCGGCAGGAUAGUGUUGUUCCUGUUGGGGAUGUGGAGAGGUUUGUUGUGCGUGCUCGGGAGGUGUUUGGGGAUGAGAGGAUUGUGUUUACUGUUAUGGAGGGAGAGCAUGGGUUUGAUACUGGGUUGAGGUUGGAAGAGGGUUGGUUGCGGGAGACUUUCAAGGUUGCGAUUCAACAUUGGUUAGCUUAG